UCCUCAACAAAUCAAUAGCCAGACUGAACACAUGUAAUCGAACCCCGCAAAUCCCGCGCUAGCUGCCAAAGCAGACGACAGGUGUGCACGAGACAAGCAGACGACAUCACGAACCAAUGACAGAGCUAGUUGACCACAUGACUUGAUGGGAAUUCAUGCUAAGGUUACGACAGUAUACUCAAGUCCAAAAAGGGAAAGCUAAUGUUGAUAUUCUAAGUCCUUUGUACUGUGGAUCUGUGAGAAGCGGCCUAGAUGAAUAUUGUCGCUAUUCGCUGAUUAUCCCGUGUGACGACACGGCUUGUUCAGGCGAACAUUACCACACAGUGGGACACGAAUGGAUACAAUCCUGGAACUCAAAGCCGUUUCAUUGGGACCAUGCCUGACGCAGACGAGACAAAGAACUGUCUAAAAAGGAAUUUACUGUGACAUUAAUUUAUACUUUUAUGAUGAUAAGUAACCGCCGCCACCUUUAAGGUAACAAGAAACAUGGAUGACGCUACUCUCGGCUACAUCAUCGGCGGCUCUGUUGGGGGCGGGAUUCUCAUCAUCAGCGUCAUAGCCUGCAUCAUCUGCUGCACGUGCGGGUCCAAGAGGAAGAAGAAGAGACAUGAGAAGAAGUUCCACCAUCUUACCCCGGACUCUGGGCACCAAAGUCAACACUCAACACUCAGUCACAUUGACCCAAGGGGCCUUCCUAAGGUGGGGAAUGGCUUGUGGGUGGAGGCCCCUGCGGUGUACCAAGCAGCCCCGAAUCAGGGGAUGUACUACGGCAGACCAAACCCCAAAUAUAGAGUGGAACCCGGGGUUCAGAGGUCAGCUUCAGAACUACGUUUGCAAGGACACCCGCCUCCGGGCCAUGCAGUGUACCAGGGCAAUGUGAGGAUAUACCACAGUCAGCAACUGACCCCUGUCUAUGAAGUUGUGGACACAUCCAGAGCACCUGGUGUUAUAAGUAUAUAUGAAUAUAACGAUUUGACCCACUCGCGGUCACGCCUCAUCAACAGAGACUCCGCCGAGCGCCAUCAUAGAGACAGCAAGAAGGUAAACAGGUCGCACAGUGACCUCAGUGGUCGACCCAGGGACAAGAGGGAUAACUCUAAAAGACAUUCUGGUCACUCGCAUCAGUCAACCAGUGACAAAUCUAGAAGCGACCAGCAUUCCAGGCCAAGUUCAGCGGGUCAUGUGAAAGUUUCGCAACAAAAAUCACAAUCUUUAGAUUCUUUGAGGGCAGGAGCAUAUGACAAUCCAGCUUUCGAGAAUAAAGCUCCCGUGAGAGUGCCUCCAUCAGCAGUUUCCCAGCCUCCCACUACAGACAGCAUGAAGUUGCAGGAUAAGAAAGGAAAGGGAACAAGACCCCUUUAUAAUAAAACAGAUGAUGAAAAGCAAAAACCCAAACCUGUAGAAACUGAGGUUAUAACAAACCAUUAUACGCACGAGGGGUCUGUGUAUGCAGUUCCGAAUAAACUUGGAAUACACAGAGACGAGGCCUAUGAGAACCCAAUAGUAGCCCGGAUGGAGGAAAUGAUUAUAGAAAAAACCGAGGGGAGUGGAGACUCUCGGAGGGCGAGUGCCAUCAGAACAGAGAGUGUAGCUUCUAGUGCCAGUCAAGUCAAGUCAGGUCACGUGGAACGCACGAGCACACGUGUGGACGAUGUGACGGCAUCUGUUCCAGUGAAUGUGUCAGACAGCUCGAUCCACAUCACAUCCGGGACACGGGAGCGGAAACAUCCGGUGACGGGAGAGAGACUGGACUCCGUUGAUGGCAGUCUUCAUCCACCCCUCAGCGCCACACAGUCGGAGGACCUCGGACCUACAGGGAACCAGGUGACGGCUGAGGCGUUCCAGUUCUUGGAUAACUACAUAGGGUCUGACGACGAGGGGGUGGAAAGCCCACCUGUCUCCCCCGGGCCAAGAGGAGAUUUCUCAGGUUAUUAAGCCCUCCAGUUAUCUGGCAGCACGGAGUGUUGCAAGGCAGCUGUUGCCGAUAUCAUGUGCCCUACAUCUAUAAAUGAUGUUGUCAUUGGGAAAAGUCUCCCGUUACAGGGACGACAUGGUUGCCUGGCAACAAUGUGAGAACGAACGGAAUUGAUUGGCUGUUUCUGGUCCCAGCACUGGAUGGUGACAUAACGCUUCAAAGAAAGCGUGCUUCACAGAUUGAAAACAGCGGAAAUGUGAAGACGAGGACAAGGUGGUUUCCUGAGGGGACUACAUAGGUUAUACAUGGAGCAAUCUUACUCUCUCCCUUGUGGUUAGAAUACACAUUAAUGGAGAAUGUCAGUUUGGAAUGUGUGAAGAAAAUGUGUCGGUUCACAAAUAUAUAUAAAAAAUGUAAACUACCACAAUUGGUCACUAAUGCUUUAUUCCAAAUAAAAACUAUAUCAUGAAAACAAGCUUGCCCAUCUAUAUUAAAAAAAACGUGGUCCAUUGUUCUGAGUCAGUCUCUCCAUACGACGGCCGUCACAGAAAAAAACACUUUUACAUCUACGAUGAAUAUCAGUCAUCGGUUCACAAUUACCGAAAUGAGAAGUUCCCAUUUUCGAAAUUAUUCAAAGUGGCACGUAACGGUAUUAUGUUGUUAUGGCGUACAAAUUGAUGGUGCAGUUGACGUGAAAGAUGUGCAAUCAUCACGUUGGCUGUAACUUUAUAUUAAGAUGUAAGUUCAUUGUAUUGAGGGAAGCUAUGGUCCAUAGAAGCCCGCAAAAAUCAAAAGUAGUUUCACAAAAGUCAAUUAGUUGAUUUGUUGCCGUGUGUCAACUAAACGACGUUCUUUGGAAAAGAUGAUACGUAAUGAUGUAGUGUUUGACAAGAGUAAUAUAUAUAUGUCUUUGUCCAUGAAGUUAUUUAUCACAUUCAUAUAGUAAUCAUUGUUGUAUUUGACUGGAGUCAAAUAGAGUACCAGAUGUUAUUAUUUGGAAAUUGUUUGUACAUUACGUAUUUGCUAUUUAACUGGAUGUGGAAAAACCAUGGUUGUCUGGUUUGAUUUUCGAAGUCACGGCUUUAGAAUACAACUUUCUACCUUGGCCGGAAAGAGGCAUUUCCAUUCGUGUCCAACUCGUGUUAUUCCGGGACAGGCCGAAUAGCAGGUUACGGAAAGGGGCGAGUGGUGACGAAUGAGGCUUUUCGCCACCCUUCUAAAAAUAGUCAAAAUGACGUUGACUUGAUAACCACGACAAAAGCUAUUAUUUUUUGAUGUAAUGAGAAACCGUCUUCCAUUAAUGCUGGUUAAGUUUGUUUCAAUUGUUCAUCAAAUCCUUGUUGCAUAAUUACUCAAAUUGGUUGUUUGUUGAUGCGUUUGUACAUUUCCAUUUGACAACCUGUACAUGCUAUGUAAAUUUGGCAACCAAUCUAGGGCCCAUGUCCCAUCCCUAUAUUUUUUGUCAGGUUCAUACAACCCAUCUGACCGAUGAUUGUUAUACUCCCGAAUAUCUACAGAUCAACCUGUCACAUGUAAGUCAGCAUCACCAGAUGACCCAAUUCAGGAGCCCAAGCGAUGGUAGUGUCCCAAUAUACGUUAAUGUGCAAUAGUGCUAAAGUGACAUGACUCUAAUAACGAGAUGUUCUUGACUGUCACAUCGGGUGAAACUAGACGUAUAGUGCACAACAGGGGCUGGACACUCGACCAAUAUCCCUUUGUCGUGAAGACUUGCGUCCCUUGUUCCACCGGGAACCGCUGGUCGAGUGUUCGAGAAAACAGUUUAAGAGCUGUAACACCAUGCCCAUUCUGGUGGGUUUCACCACAACAGUAACGAUCUAUGAUCUGCAUCACGCCGUACUGUAACUGAGAACCGUUUCAAAGAGGCGUUAGAUAUCUACUCACUUGGUGAUGUUUUUUUUUUUCUGAAAGAGUGUAUUCCGUAGAAAUGUACUUAAACAUGUCAUGUCAAAUAGAUUUGAGUAUUGAUAUGUCCAUGGCACAAGACACACUACUGUAUAUUCCAAUUUAUGAAAAAACGCGUGUACCUUAGAUCUGCACUGACAAUGUACGUACGCAUUGUACCAGUCUAUUUAACUAAGCUAUCGUGACAACUAGUCCUACCCAUAGCACGUGUAACCCAUAUACAACACUAUGACGGAUAGUCUGAAUGGUGUGCGUCGGCUGCAGACUCGGCUGUCUUCAGCUGUAUACAUCCGUCAAUCCUCACCUGUACAUAGGUCUCCACUGAGAUUAUACCUUCCAUUCCCAGCAUUUAAUCAAAGUAUUCUGGUUGUCCUCGGGUACAUCAUUAUCCCAUAUACCCGAAACCGACAUUUUUCUAUUAUUUUGUAAUAUCAUGAAAUAAACCAUUGCGACCAA